AUGCAGAAGCAAAUUAUCCUCCCAUUCAAAGCUACUGAUGCACAGACGGGCAAGACAGGAGAAGGAGCAACAGCGCCUCCGCCUGGGUUCAGCAGUCCUGUCUCCCCCAGCGGGUCCUCACCCUCUGUCCAGCCUCCCGUCUAUCUGUGGGGACCCUCUAGAGCAGCUGGCAAACCUCGAGCAAGGCUGAGUCAGGUUCUAACAGCAGAACAGCACAGGGCGCUGUGCCGAAUCGGAGCCCUCGUCCGCGGCUUCCUCACUCGCAGGCUUCUCAAAACAGACAAGGUCAAACAGCUGCGGCAGACUGUUGGGGACACGCAGGAAUUCAUCCGCUCGUUCCAGAUUGAAGCAUCGCAGAAGAAAUGCAGCUACUCAGCACAAGAUCAGUCUUUGCAGGAGAGAGUUGGAGCCCAGCUUCGCGCAGCCCUUUACGACGUCCAUGACAUCUUCUUUGAAAUGCCUCUGAGGGACCGACUGUCUUUACUGCAGCAGGACCGGGAGCUCCGUGCAGAAAGGAAGUUACGAGACAUGGAGAAAACCAAGUGCCCCAAGGAGAGAGCGGUUCUGUCUGCAGCUACACAGAGAUCUCUGGACAGGAAAAAGAAGGUCAGUGAAUCUCCAGCUCAGGCUAGGAAGAUGCAGCAGAAGCCAAAGAGCCCCACCACCAACAGAGUCCUGAAGCCCAGUCAAGGCCAAAAUUCUCCAGUUCAAGCACAGCUGAACCGGCAAGGGAGCUGGUACAGAAAGACGCCAGAGGAGAGAGUGAAGCGCUCUGACAACCUGAAGAAGCAGCAUUCUCUCGGUUAACACGUCUCUACAUCCCCUGAUCUGUGGAACCUUUAGUCUGUUAAUACAAAGUUUGCUUCAGUUAAACUCCAAUAAUCGCUGCUAAGAGUGUGAUUGUCCUUCAUCAAGUGAUUGUAUAAACUACCACAUUGCCAGUAUGUGAAUGGCUGUAGAUUUUUGCAAUAUCAUAACAGAUUAGUAGAUGAAUACUUUAGUGGAUGAAAGACAUUACAUUGUUUGUAAAAGGAAGACAGAAACAGAUCAGAGCUGAAUUUCAAACUAUUUCUGUGCCUAAAAACAAAGUGUGUGUAACAUUUUAACCUGUUCAUAAACACCCAGUGCUUUAAUUUUAUAUUUUGUUCAAGGGCUUUUAGUUCAUGUUUUAUUUAUUUAAUGGUGCUAAGUUUACAGUUCUUCAGUUUAGAAACUUGAGUGUCUUACUAAAAAUAUUGUGGAAUGAAAAAGUAUAUUGUAUUUGUUUACACACUGUUACUUUAUUGUAGCCUGUAUAGAUGCACAGCAGAGACUAGUGAAAACUAAACAGGCUGCAAGAUGCAUUUUCAGAGGUUUCCAAGAGCAAGUGUCUGAAUCAUUGAAGAUGAAGAAGAUUGAAAAUUACUUAAACAUAUUGACACAAAUUGGUACAUAAGUACAUAUAUACAUUGUCAGUGGCAUUGAUGUUUUUAUUUGUUUUAUUUUUGUUUUUAUUUAAUGUUUAAAAAGGUUUCUAUGGCUACAAUAAAUUCCAAAAUUUCUUGGA